CUCUCGCGUACGUGACCGGGCUAGAGUUAGCAGCUAGCUUCCUCCGGAACACAAUCUUACCGGUUCGUGUAGCUGGCUGUCCGCAACAUGUUCAGAGCCGCCGUCCGACUUUCAGUCUCCGGUGUCCGGAGUUUAACUCGGACGCAACCACGGUGCCAAGGUAUAUUCCCUCUUUCAUUGUCACGUCUGAUUUUUGUGUGUUUGUGUGAUUAUUUGGCUUAUAAAAGUCUCUAAAAGGUUGUAACGGAAAUCAAGUGUAUCGACACAUUGCGGCGUCUGCGCGGCUAAGCUAACUAGCUUAUAUGAGCCCAGUCGGUGUAACCAUCAUUUUAUUGACACACCGGUGUGUUUAAGGUGUCAUUUUUUCAGCACCUAGUAUGCUCCGUUAUUCAAAGCUGUUAUUAAACUCACGACCUUGUUGUGUGCUGUACUAAAAUGGUCUCGGUGUUCAGCGUGGAGGUGUCCGUGUCCUUGUCGUGACCCAGUUUGAAGGCUGUGUCUGCGGCCCUGCUGUGGUUCUGCUGCAGCUAAACGCUAACAUGCUAGUUGGAUAGUUAAGUUCUCAGCCAACUAGUCGUUAGAAGUCUUGACCUUAAGGUGUGGUUACAUACCAAAAUAAAGUAGGAAACGCCUCAGUGUGUUAUUGUGAUGAGCUUUUGGCUCAAACCCUGCAUACUGUAGUCGUUCCUUUUGAUCAGGAAACUGAAUUAAUCGAGUUGUUAGAUGUCUGAUUAUUGCCACUUAUGUCAACAUAUUGUGCAUGUUUGACACCCACACCCCCAAGGUCUUUAAGGUGAGAUUCCAGGUUUGUUUGUCAGGGUGUACUGAGCCUGAUAGGUGCAGUAGGUAGGUCAUUUUAGGCCGUCGGCAGAGAGCCAGUUGUAUUACAUUACUAGACAGCAGCAGCAUUUGUCCUCUGUCUACUUCUAUCAGGGGAGAAAUCCUUGAGCGAGUUUGCAUGUCUGUAUUGUCUGACACUCUCACACUGUAAAUGCAUUUAAGUGAUGAUUGAUUGCCUCACUAAAAGUUGUUUUUGUUUCUAUUAUUGCAGCUGUUUUGACCUCAAGGUGUUACUCACAUGGGAAGCAAGAGACAGACGAGGAGUUUGACGCUCACUGGGUCACCUAUUUUAACAAGCCAGACAUCGAUGCAUGGGAGCUGAGAAAAGGUAGGUUUGUGGAUGAUGUUAAAGAAACAUCUCAGUUGUGUUAAGUGCCAAAAUGAGAAGUAUCUGCAACAUUGUGAAGUCAUACGAUGAAGCCACAGUUGGAGGUGAAACAACAGAAUAACGAGUAAAUAGCUAUUAUUUAAGUAAAAAACAAGCCUUGGUAUGAUUGUUACUGUAAUUAUGCGGUUUGAUUGCUAUAAAUAUUCAUUUUCAAUGUCAUCAUACCAUCAGCGUGACAAAAUCAAUCCCCUAUCUAAAAAUAUUUCACUUUGUUGGGCACCUUCCACUCUGAGCAGUGCAUAAUGUUAGGGUUACCACUUUAAGGCAGUUGUUUCUUGCAGCAUGUCAUAUAUCUCCAAUAAAGGUAGAAAUACAGACAAGGUAAACUUUUAAAAGACAUAAGGAAAAUGCUCCUAGCUCAUUAAGUCAAUUAAAACUCUUUUUCAUUGCCUAAAGAGUGUGAACACAAAGGGCUCAUGCAAGAGGAUUGGAUUUUGAUUAGGGCCUGACCGAUAUGGAUUUUUUGGGGCCGAUUAUUAGGGGGGAAAAAAAUCCUAUUACCGAUUAAUUGGCCAAUUUAAAAAAAAAAUUUUUAUGAAGUUAUAAAAAUAUAUAUAUACUGUAGAUAUCUACAUACUGUAGGCUACUGCUCUUCACGCCAACAGGAAGACCAGAAAAGCGUUUGAACCAAAUCUUAUUCUCCGCAUUUUAUUUCUGAAAAUAUCGGCGAGUUUUGGCCGAUUACCGAUUAGUCUCAAACGGGCUAAAAUUGGCAGAUUUAAUUGGCUUGCCGAUAAAUCAGUUGGGCCCUAAUUUUGAUUUGCCGAAAUCCAUUCAGAAACCUAUGAAAAAGCACAAUCUGAAAUUUUCUGUUAAAAACACCAAACAGAAGAUGAAAUGAAAUAGUUUUUUUUCCAUCUGCAUGCAUGCUCCAGGGUCUUUAUGGCUACAUGUUGUUGUGUGAGUGAAAUGCUGUUUGUACUCUAUCUACAAAUGUGUUUUCAUAUUCCAGGAAUGAACACACUGAUUGGGUAUGAUCUGGUACCUGAGCCAAAGAUUCUUGAGGCAGCACUGAGAGCCUGUCGAAGGUUAAAUGACCUGGCCAGCGCCAUCAGGAUUUUGGAAGCUGUGAAGGUAAGGAGAGAAGAGAAUCUGUCACCAUAUUUGCUGCUUUUUUCACAAGUUAUUAAUUUAUGUGUUUUAAUAUCUGUUUUCCUUAGGACAAAAGUGGUCCCCACAAAGAAAUCUACCCAUACCUGAUUCAGGAGCUUAAGCCAACAUUAGAUGAACUCGGUAUUUCUACACCUGAAGAGCUGGGAAUUGACAAAGUGUAGAGAAGCAGGUAUCAAAGACUUUCCUCAGUCACAUGUGUGUUUUUUGUAAAACUGAAAUCUGACAGUAAUUUUUGUGUGUGUUUCAGAUCCAAACGGUGGACAUCCCCAGGACAGAGAACCCUUGUACUUUUAAUGUUUGCCUCAUCUAAUACGUGUGAUAUUUAAUUUGGCCUUUAUUAAGUUCUUUUGCUUGUAAAAUAUUGAUGAACCUAAUAAAGGAAACUGUAUGCUUAUUGAGAGUCACAAAUAUUUUGAGAUAUUUGAAGCUGUUUGAAUGCUUAAUGGAGCAAUAGCGCAGAGUGUCACUUAACUGUGCAUGUUGUCAAAAGUGUGUCUGGACCUUUUUUUUGUGUGCGCCUCAUUUUUCGCCACAAGGGAGCAGCGUUUUCAUGUGAAUGUACAAAGCGUUCUGUUUUCAAUCAACAUUACAUCUGUUUUUAUUUCAGGGAAAAUUUUCAUGCUGGUUGAAUAAACUUUUCAAAUGGAGAUUGGUGUAUGUUAUUAUCAACGCAAAACUUAAAAUCUGCUUAAAAUUGUUUAAAAUUUAUAGUACUAUUUGCUUUUUUAAAAGUGGUUGUGGUAGUAAUUUUGUAAAUACUUUUUAAAAAGUACUUCGCAAUAUUGAUCACAAAACAUAGUUAUGUCACUCAAUAUGUAAUCUUAGAUAACAAGUAUGUUUUUUCUGGGGGAACUGAGCAGUAUAUGCAUCUCAGGUCUUUGUAAGCAUUAAUAUGUUAAAUAUCCCUUGAGUGUUGCAGCACAACUUAAAUGUUAUAUGUCAAGUUUGAAUGUUAAAUCCUAAUGUUUAUUCUGAUCCAAGUUUUAAUCUAAACCACUUUUUCUAAAUUCUCUUAAAAAAUUUAUGAUCCGUUUUAUUAUAAAAUAAUGCAAAUUAUGUUUAGAGCAAAAUCAGAAAUGCUCCCUGACUCAAUACAGAGGUUCUUUUCAAUUCAGGACGGUCUGUAUAAUCUCAGAGGUGCUUGCAAAUUUACUGUACAAAAAGCUAAAAAAGGUAUGAAAAGGAGAUGUGUCUCUGUUACUGGAAUUCAAUUCUUGUAUGAUGCCAACAUAAAAUUAAAAACAUGUCAUUCUUUUCUGGUUUUCAAGAAAA